CUGCACGUUCUUAUAAGAAGAGAGGAUAUUCAGUAGACCACAGUGUCGCGGGGAGUGCGAGAGGAAGUAGCCUACUACGCCUCGGAGUAUACACUUCUGUCACUCGCCUGAUGAUCAUUGAUGAUGGUGUCGUGAAAUCACGGAGUGUUAGAAAAUGAAAACAAAGAAAUCUCGAUCAAGAUAUACGUGGUUGGCUACUAUGUGGUGUUAUCAAAGGCGGAGGCACAACAUAGGCUACAAAGUGGUGUAGGUUCAGUGAUUACUGGCCAAUCCUAACAAAGGAGCUGCCUUCAGUGGGGGAACCGGUGGACGAGACCCCCCCACACCCCCCCCAGCCAGAGCGGCACUGCUACCACCACGGCUUACAGAACAUGUUCCCAUUCUGCAUGCCAUCAGGGUCCCACCCUUUGGACAAUGCAGGGUUUUUCUCCUUUGCCUCCUUCUCCUGGAUGACGCCCGUUAUGUGGAGAAUUUUACGGAACCGUCUAGACCAAAGCUCUCUGAUCAUCUCGCCACAUGACGGAGCCAGGACCAAUGGGGACCGGUUAGAGCAUUUGUGGCAGGAGGAGGUGUCUCGUGUGGGACUGAAGAAAGCGUCUCUGGGGAGGGUGAUGCUGCGCUUCCAGAGGACCCGCCUCAUCCUCAGUGUCCUCUCCUCCUUCCUCCUGACGGUAGUGCUCUUCUUGGGGCCGGCUGUGUUGGUGUAUGAGAUCCUGAGCUAUGUGGACACUCCAGGUCAGUACUCUUUGAGCUACGGUUUGGGGAUGUGCUUCGCCCUGUUCAGCUCGGAGGUCUGCAGAACCUUCCUAUAUUCAUUGACAUGGGCCAUCAGCCUGCGCACGGCCACUCGCGUCAAAGGGGCCUUCUCCAUGCUCGCUUUUAGGAAGAUCAUCAACUUGAGAAUCAUCACCGGUGUGUCUGUGGGACAGAUCAUUAACGUGUUGACGGUGGACAGCUACCGGAUGUUUGAGGCAGUGGUGUACGGUUCCUAUAUGCUGUCCGGCGUGCUGUUGGCACUUCUGCUCUGCAUCUCCUACUCCUGUUACAUCCUCGGAUACACCGCCCUCAUCGGAAUCUCCGUCUACCUGGGCUUCAUCCCCAUACAGUUCUGUGCUGCCAAGGUGAUAAACGUCUUUCGGAGGAGGGCUGUUGUGGUAACUGACAGCCGAGUGCGCACCAUGAAUGAAGUUCUCACCUGCAUCAAACUCAUCAAGAUGUACGCCUGGGAAGAGUCCUUUGAGAAGAAGAUCACAGAAAUCCGUAUGAACGAGAGGAGCCUGCUUCAGAAGGCGGGUUAUGUGCAGAGUAUGAACACUGCAAACACGGCCAUCGUCCCCACCCUGGCAACCAUCCUCACGUUUAUUGUACACACACUCCUCGGACUCCCCCUCGACCCCUCCACGGCUUUCACCAUCAUGGCUGUCUUUAACACAAUGAAUUUCUAUUUGGCCUUUAUGCCCUACUUUACCAAAUGUCUAGCGGAGGGCAUUGUGUCCCUUUCAAGACUCAAGAAGCUGCUGUUGCUGCAGAACCCUGAGUCUUAUCUGACCCAGAAGAAGGGGCUAGGAGCGGCUCUGAUGAUGGAGAACGCCUCCUUCUGCUGGAAGUCACCUGACAGCUCACCUGAGAACACGAACAAUGAAACACACACCUCAGAGAACAAACUCACCCUCAGAAACAUCAGCUUCACCCUGCCCAAGGGAAACCUGCUUGGAGUUUGUGGAAAUGUGGGCAGUGGAAAAACAUCACUCAUAUCCAGCGUCCUAGAACAGAUGCACCUGCUGAAGGGAUCCGUGAUUGCAGACGGGACAUUUGCCUACGUUUCCCAGCAGGCCUGGAUCUUCCACGGAUCCGUGAGGGACAACAUCCUCAUGGGACAGCCUUUCAACCAGCAAAGGUAUAAUGACGUCAUCAACGUAUGCUCCCUCAAGCCAGACUUGGCCAUACUCUACUAUGGUGAUGAAACUGAGAUUGGUGAGCGUGGGCUGAACCUGUCGGGCGGUCAGAAGCAGCGGAUCAGUCUGGCCCGAGCGGUCUACUCAAACCGGGACAUCUACCUGCUGGACGACCCGCUGUCUGCAGUGGACGCUCACGUGGGCAAACACAUCUUUGAGGAGUGUGUGAAAAAAGCCCUGAAGGGCAAGUCUGUCAUCCUGGUCACACACCAGCUACAGUAUCUGGAGUUCUGUGACGACGUGAUGCUUCUUGAGAACGGUGAGAUUAAGGAGGCGGGGACACACACGUCUCUGAUGAAGGCCCAGGGCCGCUACGCACAGCUCAUCAACAACUUCCAGCUGGAGCAGACGCAUGAGGAAAGUAAGGAACCACCAGCUGAUCUGCAGCAAAUUGAGGUUCCAGAGCUGACUGCAGACAAACACGAGAACAACGGAGUCAUCAACCCUGAGAUUCAACAGCUGAUCAAACAGGAGGUCACUCAGGAGGGAUCAGUGACAUGGCGAACAUAUCACCAGUACUGCAAAGCUGCAGGAGCCGCAUUGGGAGCAGUAGCAUCCACAAACCCAACUACAGACCCUCUUCUCACCUACUGGGAGCACAGACCCAACUACAGACCCUCUUCUCACCUACUGGGAGCACAGACCCAACUACAGACCCUCUUCUCACCUACUGGGAGUUAUAUCCUUCUCUUUUUCAUGAUGUUGAGUUUUGUUCUGCUCGUGGGGACGACGGCCUUCAGCAACAUGUGGCUAAGCUACUGGCUGGAACAAGGAUCAGGGAGCUGUGCUAACUCUACUCUUGAGGGGGCGUCUGCAGGAGACAUCUCCCUGAACCCAGACCUCCAUUUUUACCACAUGGUCUACGGCCUCUCUGUGGUUGCCAUGAUAAUGUUCAGCCUCAUCAAAGGCUACUCCUUCACCAAGGUGACGGUACACGCUUCCUCCAAACUCCACGACACCAUGUUCCACAAGAUCCUGUUCAGUCCGAUGAGCUUCUUUGACACGACGCCCACAGGCCGCAUGGUGAACCGGUUCUCCAAGGACCAGGAUGAGCUGGACACGGCCCUGCCUAUCAACAUGGACAGCUUGCUGCAGUGCUACCUCAUGAUCACCUUCACCCUCAUCAUCAUCUCUGCUGCGUUCUCCUACAUGCUCACGGUCCUGGCUGUCCUUGGACCAGUCUUCGCUCUCAUCUUCUAUAUGUCCCAGCAGAGCAUCCGUAAGCUGAAGCGUUUGGAGAACGUGAGCCGGUCACCAUGGAUCUCUCUCACUACCUCAGUCAUCCAAGGCCUCAGUACUAUACACGCCUACGACAAGAGAGAGCAGUACAUCGAGCAAUUUGAACACAUGGUGGACACCAAUUCGAACCACUUCCUGCUGUUUCAAUGUGGCAUGCGCUGGCUUUAUUUCCGGUUGAGCUUAAUGUCUUCCUCAGUCAUCCUGGCGGUGGCGCUGUUCGUAGUGCUCAGCCCAGACACCAUCAGCCCCUCCUUGAAGGGCCUGGCCCUCACCUAUACUAUAGAGCUCACUGUAUUGCUGUUCUACAUGGUGACGUUGUCUUCAGAAGUAGAGGCCAGAUUUACCUCUGUUGAGAGGCAGAUGGAGUACAUCACGGGUUGUGUAUCGGAGGCUCCUCGACUUGUGAAGGGGGUUCACAUUCCGGAACGUUGGCCCCAACAAGGUUCCAUCACUUUCAAGGACUACAGCAUGCGUUACCGAGACAACACACCCAUCGUGCUCAAUAGUCUACGCUUCACCGUCAAGCCCAAAGAGAAGCUCGGCAUUGUGGGAAGGACUGGAUCUGGUAAGUCGUCUCUGGGCGUGGCGUUGUUCCGCCUGUCUGAGCCAGCAGGGGGCACUAUGUUGAUAGACGAUGUGAACACCAGUUCCAUCGGCCUGCAGGACCUCAGGAGUCAGCUGUCCGUCAUCCCACAGGACCCAGUGCUCUUCAUAGGAACAGUCAGGUAUAACCUGGACCCGUUUGAUAAGUACAGUGAUGAGGAGAUCUGGCAGGCGGUGGAGAAGACCUACAUGAAACACACGAUUUCACAGCUCCCUGAGGGUCUAGAGGCUCCAGUGGUGGAAAAUGGAGAAAACUUCUCAGUGGGGGAGAGACAGCUGCUGUGUAUGGCCAGAGCACUGCUGAGGAACUCUAGAAUCAUCUUGCUGGAUGAGGCCACGGCCUCUAUUGACUCGGAGACGGACUCUCUGGUGCAGCAGACCAUCCGGGAGGCCUUCAGGGACUGUACCGUCCUCACCAUCGCCCACCGCAUCAACACAGUCUUACAAAGUGACCGCAUCCUCGUCAUGGACAAUGGACAGGUGGCAGAACUGGAUCCUCCAGAGGUUCUGUUGCAGCGGCCAGACUCUCUGUUCUCCUCCCUACUGGCAGCAGCCAACCAGGUCAACACGUGAUGAUGGACACACACACACACAAACAUCCUCCAGACCCUUCCACAUAUUGACUGCACCCUGUAUUUUAAUGUUUUUUAAGGUCUUUUAAUUAUUCUAUUUUGUGUACUUUACUUUUUAAUUAUUAGUUUUUGCCUAUUGCUUACACACUUGUGUUAUCACAAUACCAAAAUUAUGACUGCGAUACAAAACCUGCCAUAAAUAUUCCGGCAAAAUCUUAAAAUACCUGGAGAAGAAAGGACGCAGACCUCCUCCAUGUGUACUGAGUCAUUUGUGUGUAAUUUGGUGCACUUUGGUAGUGUGCAGGUUUAAACUUCUUACAUGUUAAUUAUUUUUAUUGAGUUAAGUGGCGGCUCCAACAGCAUGAAGCACCAGUCAUAAUAUACCUCGUUUGAAAGCUGAGUCUCAGGAAUCGAUACAUGUUAAGCUUUCUAUGUCAAAAAUGGUUUUGAUUAAUAUCACAAAAUGAAUCAAAUGAAUGACACAGGCACGCACAAAUUCAAAUAAAAGGACACUUUCGCUUUUUCACUUUCGCUAUCAUUGCAAGAAAAUAGGCUACAAUAUGGAAUUGCUUCAAAGUUUCCUUUGAGUCUGAUCAGCUUCAAAAAUGAAUGGGGUUUCCUUAGACAGUGCUACACCUUUUCAACAAGUUUUGUGAGAAUUGUACCGGUAUCUUUUGCGAUAUUGUGACAGCCCGCACCGCAGCAGGGUGCAGGAAGCUUUUGAUAGCGCACGCCUCAAACGAUAAACGCAAAACCUCCAGGACAAACCACUCCGUGUAGGUUGGUUUCCUGUAAGCCUAUAGCGUUUUUUUCUUUCUUUAUUUUUCUAUGUCCGAAUAUUGGGGGGGACAUUUUGGUCACGUCUGAAUAUUGGGGGGGGACACGUCCCCCCCAAAGUCUAUGGUGACUACGGCCCUGUAUUAGGCCAUCUGAUGUAGGCUACCAUUGGCCUUUCUGUGAUUUAAUAAGUAUGUUUCAACCACUCAGUUCUUUAUCAGAUACACCAUUACCUGUUGCAAUAUAUCUGUGUGUGCAUUCAUACAUUACAUCAGGGAUGGAUUACUGCAAGGGCCUACCGGGGCCAUUCCCAGGGGCCCAAGGGGUCAGGGGGCCCUGAAGCCCAAGCCUUUGCAUGGAAUCAUUACCUCAAUAUCAACAAAUCAGGAUGUAGGCUAUGAAUCUGAUUGAAUUUAGUAUUGGCAAUCCCCAAAAUGCACCAGAAUACAGGAAAUCACAUCAAACAAAUGAAAAAUUUUCUGGGGGAGGAGAAACAUAUUUUACAGAUGGGCCUCGGUGUACCUAAUGGCGUGCCUUCACUAUCCGCGAAAUCGUUUUUUGCAUGAGGGCAUUGUGUGAUACCUUUCUAGUAUUGGUACACCGUGCAACACUUAUAUACUUUUUGCAGAAUUUGGCUCAUUAUGACUUUUAUUUCAUAAAAACUCAUACACACACAGUGAAAUAAGUCAUAACACUUGGAUAUACAGCUGACAUAUAUGCCAAAGAGAGACACUGAAACAAACAUACACACAUGCACUAUUUGAAUUACACUUCCAAAUCAGCAGCAACACACGGAUUGUGCUUUAUGCAAAACACUGUGAUCUUUACUAUCUGUGUUGCAUUUUUUUAUAUUGUCCUUUUGUGGAUUUAUUUGCUUUUGUAAAGCACAUGGAAUUGCCCCGUGUAUGAAAUGCGCUGUAUAAAUAAACUUGCCUUGCCUUGC